AUGACCGGCUUCACAGGGUUUGCAAGUAGACUAGCUAAGCUCAGGCCACGGACUUUCCAUCCUCCAACCACGGCCCAGUUUGUCCAGAACCUCGCAGAGAAGGCCCCGGCGCUGCUAAACGCUGCUGUGACUUACUCGAAGCCUCAACUGGCCACAUCGUGGCACUAUGCCAAGGUUGAGCUGGUUCCUCCAACCCCUGCUGAGAUCCCUACAGCUAUUCAGAGCUUGAAAAAAAUAGUCAAUAGUGCUCAAACUGGUAGCUUCAAAGAGCUCACAGUUAAGGAAGCGCUGCUGAAUGGUUUAGUGGCCCCUGAAGUAUGGAUGUGGUUUUAUGUCGGCAAGAUCAUAGGCAAGCGUGGCAUCGUUGGCUAUAAUGUUUGAAGACCAAUCGUUCACAUCUGCUUCUUUUGGGUUUAUUAUUCGAAUGUUCUUGGACCAUGUGCGAUCAGACUGGUAUUUGA